AUUUGCAAUGUGUCUGCCACGUUUCAGCGAGCGAUGAACAUGACGCUCCAAAAUUUCGUCAACAAGACACGGGUGACGCAAGGGAUGAUUAACUUCUGCGUGAUCGUGUACAUGGACGAUAUCCUGGUCUAUUCGGAAACCUAUCACGGGCACGCGCAACAUAUCAACUGGACAUUGGGCGCAUUGCGAGACGCUGGGUUCAAGAUUGCGCUCGAGAAGAGCGAAUUUUUCCUCUCGGAAAUUUCGUUCUUGGGCUAUGUCGUGACACGUGGAGGAUUGAGGCCGGACUCGAGAAAAGUUGCGGCGGUGAAGGAAGCCCCGGUUCCCACGUCACUGACGCAGGUUCGAGCCUUCUUGGGGCUGGUGUCGUACUACCGGCGCUUCAUCAAGGGUUUUGCCGCGAUUGCACGACCACUAACAAAUCUGUUACGAAAGGACCAGCCUCUCAACUGGGACGCGGAGUGCCAGCAGGCCUUUGCAACCCUCAAAGACGCUCUGGCGACGACCCCUAGUUUGAUUCGGCCGGACCCCUCGAAGCAGUUUAUUCUCAUCACAGACUGGCAACCGGAAGCUAUUUCCGCUAUUCUAGCGCGGAAGGGGAACGAUGGUCGAGAACACGUCAUCGAGUACGCGUCACGCACCGUACCGGACGAACGAAGGAACGACUCCGCACCUCAAAGCGAGUGUUAUGCGGUAGUCUGGGGAAUCCAACACUUCCAUCCGUAUCUCUACGGACAGAAGUUUCGCCUCGUGACGGAUCACGAGUCUCUGCUAGCAUUGAAGAAGCUCACCAACUACACGGGCAUGAUUGGCCGUUGGGCAGUGCGACUGCAAGAGUACGACUUCGAUAUCGUCCACCGGAAGAUAGAGCGACACGGCAACGCGGACGGAUUGACACGUCUGCAUCGACCUGCCAAGGUACCAAAGGGCGAGGAAAUUACACCGUGGAAAGAGCCGGACUUGACUAACGAGCCGAAAUACGGGUCCGCGUCAGAGACUGUGGAGUUGCUCGUCAUUCAGGCGUGGAGGACCAAUGUGGCGGGGGACCUUCUAGGAUUCGUCUUUGGAGCAGUGGAUCGGGGAAACCGAUCACAGAUCGCGCGCGAACUUACGAUUGUGAUCGCGCGACUGGCAGACGAGCUCCCCCUUGACAUCGUCUCUCAGAGCGACGAAGAACCCGUGCCACAUACCCUCUCGAGGGACCUCGUUCCAAGCCUCCAGUGGUCGGUUUGUAUCGAGGAGCGUUGGGCGGACGACCGUUUUCCCUCCCGUAGCGAGUACCUGGACGUCCACAGCCUGACUAAUCCCCGCUUCUUUCGGCAACCAACGGCGUUCGAGUGGGCGGCGCUGAGAGCAGAAGAGGAGGCCGAAGAGGAAUCGGAAGGAGAAUUGAGGAGAGAGGCCGGGGAAGCAGCGGCCCGAUUGGCCGAGGACGAGGAAGAAGAGCGCGAAGCUGAAGAAGAAGAAGAAGAAGCAGAGGAGGAGACCUCGGAGGAAGAGGAAGAAACCUAUAGUGAGUACAGCGAGGGCGAGCAAAGUGAGGAGGAGGACGAAGACGACGAAGAAGUGGAAAGUGGAGACGACCAGGCGCCAACACACGACGACGAGCUCGAGUGGGUGCCAGGACCGGAUCGACGAGAGGAGAACCCUGAGGCUGCUGCGCAGCGCAAGAAAGAGAUCGCGGAAGGUAAGCAGCAAGCGAUCGAUCCCGCACCGAACGAUCCCUUCAAGGAUCCCGAGCCGCCCAAGCCGGAACAUGGAGACCUUGCUGCCACGACCUCGAGAGCCGCGACGACAAGGCGCCGACCUUGAUCCCGAUCCUUGUCCCCCUCCGCCUCCGCCCGUCCCCCAAUUCGUCAACGUGUCAAUGAGGGGUUUAGCCCUUCGU